CUUUACAGGAGCGAGCACCACAUAGGAGUGUUCUUCCUAAAAUAUCAGAAACUAGAUAAAAGAAAUAUCUGUUCGAUCGUAGCCAUGAACAUGGGCCGUGACUUCCACAUGGCAGAAGGGGAAGGAGAGACUGGCUACGUGAACAAUUCAACGCAUCAGCGAAAAGCUUUGCUCGAGACUGGGGCGGCGCUCGAGAAGGCCGUGAGAGAAGUGUACUUGGAUCUCCUCCAACCAACGAUGACUGUCGUUGAUUUAGGGUGUUCUUCUGGUCAGAACACGCUCAUCUUCGUCUCCAAGGUGAUCGAAGUGCUAGGCCAUGCGAGUAGCAACAAACAAAAAUCAGGUUGCGGUCUAGUGGAGCUCCAGUUCUUUCUCAAUGAUCUACCAGGCAACGACUUCAACCACGUCUUCCGUUCACUGGAAGAGUUUAGGAAGUCGACAGCAGCAGAACACGAAGGAAAUACACUACUACUACCUCGUUUUUACAUCGCCGGGCUGCCGGGUUCCUUCUACACCAGGCUUUUCCCUCGCCAGAGCUGCCACCUCUUUCACUCAUCAUACUGCCUCCAUUGGCGCUCCCAGGUUCCUGCUGGUUUAGAAGGAGGGGUGAAAGAGUACGUAAACGAGGGGAACAUUUAUAUUGAUCAGACUACGCCACCAGGUGUUGUGGAACUGUAUCGGCAGCAAUUUCAGACGGACAUGCUAUUGUUCCUCAAGUCGCGGUAUGAAGAGCUAGUUCUUGGUGGGCAAAUGGUGCUGACUUUUCUUGGGAGGAAAUAUGAGGAUGUAUACAACAAUGGAUAUCUGAACCAUCCUUGGGGAUUGCUUGCACGAUCUCUGCAAUCUCUCGUAGAAGAAGGUUUGGUUGAGAAGGAAAAGCUCGACUCCUUUAAUCUUCCUGUAUACACGGCAUCCAUCAAUGAAGUCAAGGCGGUAGUGGCGCAAAGCGAGGUGUUCGACAUCAAUCACAUCAAUCUAUUUGAGACCAGCUGGGAUCCUCACGGCGACUUGGAAGGGGAUGAGAUACAGAAUAGCACCCAGAGUGGCAUCAACGUGUCGAAGAGCUUGAGGGCGGUGUUGGGGCCCCUACUUGCAAGCCAUUUUGGGGAAUCCUUGCUCAAUGAGCUAUUCGACAAAUUUGCAUAUCAUGUUGCAGAACACCUUGAGAAGGAAAAGGGCAAGUACCUUCUCAUUGGCGUGUCCCUCAAAAGAACAUAACACGUGCAUGCAUACAUAUACAAGAUCUUGUGGAAUCGAAGGUCAUGUGCGUUUAUGAUGCAUAUGGGUAUGCUACACACAUGCAUUAUUGUGCCUCUAUAUUAAUGAUGCAUAUGCUUUGUAUUGUUGUACUAUGUUUGUUUCAGUGUAGCACUCUUUUUUAUGCUAGACAUGUCAUUUUUUAAACUAAAUUGACAAUUCUUCAGUGUUCAUGUUAUUGUAUGAAUAAACUUUUCAGCUCGACCUUCAAGUAAGAGAGCGGCAACUAAGAUCUUGUAUUCUUGUCGUUCGGUACUAGUAUUGCAACAAAACAAACGGUUUGUAUAUAGCCAUUGUUUGAAAUAUGUCCUAUUUUAAUG